CUAGCAUCGUCGCUCAUCGCCAGUUGCUGUUCAGCCUGUAAACUACUUUAACAAAAUAUAGAUACCCGAAACCGCCGCAUGGAAUAAUAUUUCUGCGUAGAUCACGAUGCUCUGCGGAUGAUACCCAUUUGACAAAAUAUGAAUUGAAUCACCAACACAUAUUUUAUUGCGAUCUACUUCGAAAACGGAAGAUAGCCAUGCUUCAUGAGCGCGCUGCGCGCAUAAAUCGGCGACAGCCUCAGUGUGGGAGUAGUACUACCUUAAAGGGAAGUGGGAUGGAAUUAUCAACCGCGGCAGUGAACUUAUUUUACAUCCAUGACAAACCAUUAGUGAUCGACUCAAGUCCGGGCCUCCCACUCUUCUUCCCUUCCCUUCCCUUCCGCUUGCUUCCAAACCUUAUAUAUAUCGUUGCGCUACCGCAACUUUCCGAGUAUAGAAUUAUCUCCUUUAAGCUCCAGACACCUCUGUUCUUUCCUGUUAUACUUGAUUCUACUCUAAAGUCGCAUUGCGGUAUUCGGCACCCGCGCUUCUCCGCACACCGACCCGAAGAUAACCAUUAUCGGCUUGACUCAUUCACAUUUGGAAAGGAGUUCAAUUCCAACGUCCAACCCAAAUCUACUGUCCCAAUUGCAUACACCGGAAUAAUCAGUCUCAAGCUUCAGCAUAUCUACGCUCAGUCUCAAAGAAACCAGUACCAGCGCCACAUCUAUUCCUCUGCCCCGCUCAAGUGAGGGGCAUAUCUUCGCAACUCAACAUGCCUGCAGACACCGAUCCCAGCCUUCAAUUCGAUUCAAUUGAAGAUACAAUUAAGGCUUUCAGCAAUUCCUACCAGCAAACGCUAACCCACAUGGCUCCGCAUAGAAAAUGGCGAGUUCAUAAUUGUGCUUGAUUC